ACCUCCCAUUAACCCCUUCUCCAUUUCUAGAUAAAAAUCUAGAAAACCAACCUAAUCACACCCAAAAGACUGAUCUCCAAAAUGUUUAAGAAAUGGUAUGUGUCUGUGCUGGUCUUGAUGGUGGUAUGCGGUUGUGUUAGGGCGGCGGAGGAUGUACAGUCGUUAGGAGAGCAGUGUGCUCCCAAGCUGACGGCGGUGAUGACAUGUGUGGCAUUUGCGACGGGGAAGGAGGCGACACCGCAGCAGAAGUGCUGUGAUUCGAUUAAGGAGAUGAAAGAGAGUAAUCCAGCGUGUUUGUGUUUUCUGAUACAGCAGAUCCAUAAUGGCACAAAUCCUACGUUGCAGAAGUUGAAUAUUCAAGAGAGUCGGCUUCUUCAGCUGUCGUCAGCUUGUAAGAUAGCUAAUGCCAGCAUCGCUGAUUGCCCAAGGCUUCUGAAGCUACCAUCAAAUUCACCAGAUGCUGCGCUAUUCACCAAUAAUGCCACGAUCCUCCCUCCUACAUCUGGAGGAAUGCCUUCAUCGACUUCUACAAAUUCUCCAGUUCGCUCAAACGCGCUCAAGUGUCAUGCACCUGUCUUUGCUAAAUCCAUCUUGAGUUUUGCUGCAUUCUUGUUAGCAGUGUCUUCAACGAGCAUUUUUGGUGCUUAAAUUAUAGAUUUACUAUUGGUUCCUAGAGAUGAAGUGUGGUUUUCCUUGGACUUGGUUUUUGCGAUAUUAUUUUGUGUAUGGUUUGUGGUUAUUUGAUAAACUUGAUUAUGUCUAUUAAUGUAUUGUUUAAUUACCUGGUAAA